AGGGAUAUAACCAAUUCUUAUAUUAAAAUCAUCAAUUCAUUUACAUGACCAGAGGGAGGGUCGGGGUAGUAAUAUCGGGGGAAAUGGAUCCACUCAACAAUAUUCUUCUGUUUUUCGGGCUGGGAAUCUGCUGGUGAAAGGAUCGGACGCGCUGACUGGGAGGAAAUUUAACUGUUUAAUAAGGCAAACGGACAGACGGUGAUUCCACUCAGGGUUUCGGUCCCUGGCUGGUCGUUCUGAACGGCGUAUUUCAGCUCGACCUGCGGGAAAAAGAUGGAAUUUGGAGAAAGAAGGAGAAGGAGGAAGUCGCAAAGCUUCAAACUGGUCGCAGAUGAAGACCAUGAUUCUUCACUGAAUUCCAGCAGCAAGGAUGGCAAAACUAAAGAUGCAGUUGUGUCUGAUGUUUGGCUGGAAGAUGAAGGUGUUGAGAUCAAGAGGCAAAUCACAGGAAUGAUGAGGCUUCUGAGGGACAAGACUGGCCGAGUGUAUCAGCGUGUUGUUGCAGAUUGUGACGGCACAACAAAUGAUUCCCAGGAUAAGCAUCUGAGUUGGAUUCACCAGCCUCCAUUCCUGUCUGUGGUACCAGAUGACCAUCAAGGCAACAGCUGGCUGUCAACCGGACACUCAGAGCUUUCUGUGCCAUCCCCAUCUAUACCUGUCCCCAAUGGUCCAAACUAUGGCCAGUACAGCACUCGCUCCAGAUCCCUCAGGAUUUUCAACAAAACCAAGGAUGUGAGCAAAACCAAUGAACAAAAUGAUGUGGCGCAACCUGCAGUCCAAGAAAGCUCGUGCUGUAUGUGUAACUGUACAGGCACUCUAGAGGCUAUAUUGCAGGAAUUGCGUGCCAUGAGGAGGCUGAUGCAGACUCAGAAAGCAUCCUUUGGAAAGCAUCAACAAGCAACACCAGUAUGCCAACCUCGCUUUAGCCUGGGCUCCACUCCGCGCAGUCUUCACAGAAAAAGAAAGUCUUACUACAGGGUGGCGCCUCUUACUGUCUCCAGCAGUAAAAAAGUUGUUCUUUCUCCUGUGGAAAGUUCAGCGCAUCAAGCUGCACCACCAGCAGAAUCUGCAAAGAGGGAAAAAUGUGAGAAACUGGACUCGUCAGUGCUGAACAUGCAUCCCAUUUCCCCUGAUAUUUCGGCACAGUCACAACAGAAUGAUUCAGGAAUAGUGAGCAAAAUUCAUAAUCCUACCUUAAGCCAACCAAAAGAAACUCAAGCAUCAGAGAGUGAGGUCCGUCUUGCAGAGGAAUACGACGUGUUUAUAUCUAAAGCUCAGCUAGAUUCCAUCUUGGUCAACUACACCCGCUCUGGCAGUCUCCUAUUUCGCAAACUGGUCUGCGCCUUCUUUAAUGAUGUUACUUUGGCUAACUCGUUGCCAAAUGGUAAAAGGAAGAGAGGGCUCAACGAUAACCGAAAAGGCUUGGACCAGAACAUUGUUGGUGCCAUUAAAGUCUUUACAGAGAAAUACUGCGCUGAACACAAAAUAGAGAAGCUGCCUGGACCUCGGGAUUGGGUGCAGAUUCUUCAAGACCAGAUUAAACUUGCCAGAAGGAGGCUAAAAAGAGAUGCAGCAGAAACAGAGGAAAACUGCAAUGGACCAUCCACAAGUAUUAACCUCAUUUGAAGUACUCCCAUGUAUAAAGCAAUGAAAGUGACUCACCCUUUCCAGAUUGUUUGCUUUGAAAUUUUUCACCUUUCCUUUUCACCUCACACCAGUGCAUCACCUUGCACCAUCUUUCCAUCGGCCGCCGUCUGGACACUCAAUAGCCUCACCUUUCUUGGCUUCUCGGCCACUAAACACACCGAAUGGUGUUGCCAGCUCACUCCUUGGCUCACAGAUAUUUGUCAUGCUGUCAUGAUGACAUUUGACUUUUUCAUGCAGCUUACCAAAAUGUCAGCUACUAAUCUUCAAACCGUGCACGGUUCUCUCGCGGUCACCUUUUACCCAUGAAAAUGUAAGACUCUAAAGCAGCUCCGGAGCUCAGGCAACUUUGCAUGAGUUCUGUCUGUCAAAAGCACGCUGUGACACUUUUCUUUCUUUCACAGGCUGAUCAUAACAAGACUGUAGAUGUGGAACAGACAGCAGUCCAUGUGACUGGUUGAGUUACCAACUGUUUAACAUCCGCUUUAAUGCAGCCAUUAUUCCUCUAGCAAACAAAAUAUUGACUCUUUCUUCAGUUGUAAACAUCAAUGUCCAGUGAAUGCAACAGAAAAAACAGAAUUAAAAAUAAAUCAAGAAA